AUCAAUUCCUUCACGUUCGAAGAACCGUGACUCGAUACCGACACGACGAAAAGACCUCAUUCCCCCCCUAGUUGAUCCUGUCCUCCGUCAGGAUGAAGACGGAGGUGUUUUGUCUACUGAUCUGUCUCGGCGUUGCCGUUGCAUUGACGAGGAAGCAAGAGGCAGCGGAGCAGAGUCGUCGAAAGGUGUCAUUGCCGACGCAGAAGAAACAGCAGUCUGCCUCGGCGGAGCAAGAAGAAUACGAGGACGAGGAGGAACUUUCGGACCAGUGUCCUGAACCCAACGGUUAUUUCCCUGCCCCCGAACAGUGUGACAAAUACUACGACUGCCGGGAUGGUAAAUUCACCGAGAAACUGUGUCCUGACGGUCUGGUGUUCAACGAUUUCAGCCCCCAGCACGAGAAGUGCGAUCUACCGUUCGGAAUCGACUGCUCCAAAAGGCCAAAAUUACAGAAACCACAACCAUCGCCGCAUUGUCCAAGAAUGCACGGAUACUUCGCCCACGAGGACCCUCGGAUAUGCAUCACGUUUUACUACUGCGUCGAGGGGAAGUUCAAUAUGAUCACUUGUCCGGACGGUCUGGUCUUCUCGGAGAAGACUGGUAUCUGCAAUUGGCCCGACGAGGCGCAGAAGAAGGGCUGUGGUUCCAGGGAACUUUUCAAUUUCACCUGUCCAAAGGUUGACGACUCUGUCGCUGCCACUCAUCCACGAUACCCUGACACCGAGGACUGCCAAUAUUUCUAUGUUUGCGUGAACGGCGAGAUACCGAGGAGAAACGGUUGCAAAUUGGGGCAGGCCUUCGACGAACGCACAGGAAAGUGCGACUGGGCCAGAAAAGUACCCGAAUGCAAAGACUGGUACAAAGGUCAGCUAACCGACGAGGAACUGGACGCGUUAGAAAAUCCACCGCCAAAACCAAAACCUACCGGUGGCCACAGUAGAAGAAAAGGCACCAAACCCUCGUAGAUUUAAGCCUAAACACCCA